AAUAUCCGUAAUGUGAAAAACCUAAGACAAAACAGUUUCCUGAGGGUUUGAAUAUCGAAAAUCAGAAAUCACAUAGGACUAUUUCAAUAGUACUUCUCUUUUAUAGAAAAAACGGUAGAAGUACUUUUAUAUUUCAUCGAUUUUAACAGAAUUUAUGCAUUUUUGAUCUUAUUCAGUGUAAUUUAUUUUAUUUCUUAUUUAUGUUGUGACUAGAACUUUGAAGUAGCUUUCUAUCUAGCUAAGACUCAGUCACUUUGAUAAAGACUUGCUCUUACUUACCCUUACUCUCUUACUAACAUGUAGUUAUACACAUGUCGUUUCUCUUGUCAGUCUGUUUUCAGAGUCUGAGAGUAAGCCAGCUGCUUGGCAAGUUAAGUUUUCUUUCCAAACUGUCAAUUAUCAUCCAUGUACUGACAUGUUUCAGGAGAUAACAAGCGUCAUGAAAGGCAUUUCAACUGUUUGUCAAUUGCUGUGGUAACAACCAGCUUCGUAAUUUACUACACUGAGAAGUUUCGCUAGUGAUUCCAGCUUGUGGAUAAACUACAAAUAGCUAUCUUGUAGAUCGGUAUGACAGCACCUAACUUUACUGGAGAUGGAGAGCAGAAAACAAUCGAAGACUUAACUUGUUCGCCAGAUUUAACCGCUGGACUACACGGCCAGUUGAAAUUUGUUUCAGUGUUAAACACGUUUCUGUCCGUUACCGCAUUUCUUGGGAAUGCUCUGAUCUUAAUUGCUCUUCACAAGGAGUCUUCACUUCAUCCGCCGUCCAAACUCUUGCUUCGUUGCCUUGCAACAACGGAUCUCUGUGUUGGUCUAUUUGCAGAGCCUCUCUCUGUUGGCUAUUGGAUGUCUGUGGUGAAUGAACGUUGGAAUAUUUGUCCUCACCUAUCGGUGGCAAGUUUUAUAACAAGUUAUAUCUUGUGUGGAGUGUCGGUCGCAACCCUGACUGAACUAAGCGUGGACAGACUUCUUUCCCUGUUGUUGGGACUGAGAUACAGACAAGUUGUAACUUUAAAGCGAACCUCGCUCGUCGUUAUUACCACUUGGGUUAUUGUCGCUGUCUUUUCAGGCAUAGUAUUUUGGAAUCCCGUAAUAACCAUAUGGUAUGGCACCAUAGCUAUACCUCUGUGUCUUAUAAUCUCGAUCUUCUCUUACACAAAGAUUUUCCUCACCCUCCGUCAUCAUAACACCCAGAUUCACAACCGCAAUGUUCAACGACCACACCAAGCAAAUCAACUGAACAUAGCACGAUACAAAAAGGCCGUUUCCACUGCAAUAUGGUUGCAACUGACGCUAGUCGCUUGUUAUUUACCUCAUGGUGGAAUGACCGCUUUGAGGGCUAAAAGUGGACUAUCUGUAUCUGUUUAUCACGCUAGGAUUUAUACAACCACUUUAAUUUUCUUAAACUCGUCUUUAAACCCGAUUCUUUACUGUUGGAAGCUAGAUGAAGUUAGACAAGCAGUAAAGGACACAAUGAGACAAGUGCUUUGCCAUUGUUUAACAAGUUAGUUCUUGUAGACCAAUACGAUGAACAGGGCUAAUGAUGUAUUACCACUUAGAUUUUAGAAGUCCUCGUAACCGUUGCCUAACAUUAAAUUUGGUGCUUACUCAUUUUAUUUUAUCAGUAUGAAAUACUUUCCCAGCAAUAAGAUAGCUAUUGAGAAAGUUUUCAUCAUUGUUGUAAAGAAAUAUAAAAAUUGUUCUAAAAUGUAAUUUUACCAUGCAACAGUGAAUAAACAUGGAAAAUAAUAAAUUGCCAUCUCUCUUCGUGUGGACUACAUCACGCACAAUAAAAAGAGAUUAGACUCUUGACAAAAUACAGUUAUGAAGUUAAACAGUAAGAAGGCUUUGAUGUUUUUUUCGCUCAUAAGAGAGGCAGAAAGCGCUGAGUUUUCAUGCGAUAUGAGAUGGGUGUGUUAUUAUGACACGAGAAGUCGUUUACGAAAUAACACAGAAAUUGUGCUCUAAAUUUAUCAA